AUGUUGCGAUUGUCAAGGAGUCUAAGAAAGUUGAAAUUACAGCCCACGUUAAAUAAUGUUCAGACGGGAUUAAAGUCCACAAACAUUACCCUAACUAAUACAUUCACAACUUCUUCAACUUUACUAGCUAUGCCUAGACAAAAAGAGGGUAAGUCAAAACAAAUAUUGAGAAGAAAAGUAGUUGAGAAGGACAAAGUCAAAAAAUCUACAGGCUUAACUCAUUAUCCAUUUAAAAAAGCUGUUCAAAAUUUAAAACUAGAGAAAUUAGCUCCAUCAAUGAAUCACAUUGAAUCUUUACAUCCAAACAAAUUAACCACAGGAGUUAUCACCAAAUAUUCACCAUCUACGGAAAAUAAAUUAAAUGACUUCGAAGCGUUCAAAAAAUUUCAACAUCACGAAUUAUUUCAGCACCCUGUUUCCCUUAUCACUUCCAAUACUAUCAACAUCUACAACGACUUUGUUAAAAACUUACAAAUUGAAUCGAAAUUCAACAGAAAAUACAUUGACGGAAUUAAAGGAGCAGGAAAAUCGACAUUGAUAAACCAAGCAUUGGCCUUAGCCUUAGAAGAAUAUUCCAACGACGUGAUCAUCUUACAUUUGUCAUCUGCUGAUGUAAUUGGUAAUGGUUCAUCUGAUUAUUUUUACAAUAACAAACUUGAACUUUAUCAACAACCCAUGGCUACUAAAAGAUGGUUAAGAAAAAUAUUAAGAGUUAAUGAGGAAAAUUUCAAAAAAUUGAAAUUAACCAAAGAUAUAAGCUUUUUUAAGGAUAAAUCCAAAAUCGAAUUAAAAGCAAAUCAACAUACAUUAUAUGAUUAUUUAUCACAAAAUAGAGAAAUAAAUACUGGACAACCAACUAUAUCAUUCCAAUUUUUCAUUGAACAAUUAAAAGAUCAUUCAUCAAAAAUUCCAAUACUUAUAUCAAUCGAUGAUUUCAAUUCAUUUAGUGAUUUUUCAAUAACAAAAUAUAAAUCUCCUGAUUUUAAAUCAAUACAUAUUAAAAAUUUUGAAUUGGGAAAAUUUCUUCUUGAUGUAGCAAGUGGUGAUAUAAAUUUCAAUAAAGGAGGAGUAUUAUUAGCUAAAUCUUGUGAUUUUGCACCACAAAGGAAAACAACUCAUAUUGCUGUAUAUACAAAUGAAGAAUAUGAUCCAUAUAUGAAAUAUCCUAAUUUGGAUUUAUUAGUAGCACAAAAAUUAUCAAGAAAUGGUGGAAUAUCACCUAUAAAAAUGGCUUCAAUGACAAAAGAUGAAGUUAGAUCAUUAUUACAAUUUUGGAAAGAUCAGCAAGUUUUGAUAGUGAGAGAAGAUUAUGUUAAAAAAGAUUUCAACAAACAAGAAGAAGCUGAAGUGAAUGAAGAGCAAACAAUUGUUGAAGUAGAUAUGGAUAAACAAUUUGAAAAAUUGGUUCAAUCAUCCUUUGUUGUGUCUCAAGGUAAUCCAUACGGAAUUUUGAGACAAAACUUGAUAAGUUAUUAG